UGCCAUGUAAUAGAAGGAAAGGUAUACAGUUUUAUACGAAGGGAUUCUAUACAAUGAAAGACCAUUUACCUUUGCCACAAGGUCAAAAUUCUUCCAUGUUCGGUCGACGAGUCGCAGAACAUACUGUCCUGUGUACCGUGUGAAGUGUUGAUGGUUUCUUCCGCCAUUUUAUCCCUACUCGAAUGCUCUCUUCGCGAUUUUAAUUGACCUCCCUCCUCUCUCUAUAUAUAUCUGAGGGAUUGUGAAUUAUGGGUACGCAUCGUCGUUCUAAUGGUACUGCAGAACGAAGAAGGCUAGAGUGGAAUCCAUAUUGGGAUGAAUACUUUGUCGUCCUAAUGGUCAACCAAGUAAAUAAAGGAAAAAAGAGAGAGAGUGGAUUCAGCAAAGAUGCAUGGCGCUCUAUGGUCAUUAAAUUCAACAGGAAAUUCAACCAAACCCUCCACAAGCAACAUUUAAAACAUCGUUAUCAAUACCUUAAGAGAGAGUACAAAAUUGUUAAGACUCUUCUUGACCAAACUGGGUUUGCUUGGGAUGAAAGAAGAAAGAUUGUGACAGCUAAAACUGAAGCCUGGGAUUGCUAUUUAUCGGAACAUCCUGAGGCCAAGCUUUAUAGAACGAGGGGCUUGCCACUGAUGGGAGAAUUGGGCAUAAUUUUUGGAAAUUCAACAGCUGACAAUCAACAAAAUCAUCACGGGGAAAAGAUGGAAGAAGCACCACGAGUGAGAAGAGCUUUACAACCUCCUGUUAUAUUCACUGAUGAUGAUGUAGCUACAUUGGACUCUGAAAGUGAUGAAUCAUCAUGUUCAAGGGAGGACAUGAAUGCAUUGGAUCAAGGCAACAAGCGUAAAUUUGAGAUACUCAGUCCAUCGCAUUGCGACAAAAAAGCUCGUAAAAUGGAUAAGCUUAUGGUGGAGGCCCUACAAGAGAUGGCAGACAGUUUGAGGUUUAGGACAAGUCGAACAGUGGGACCUUCCUCAAAACAAGAGCUAAAAAACUGCAUAGAAGAACUACAGGCUAUGAAAGAUUUGGAUGAUCAGCUAUUUGGGAAAGCCUGCAAAAUGUUGAAGGAUGAAAAGAAUGCAGUUAUAUUUAUGACGCUCAAAGGUCAUCACCGGCUGCUAUGGGUGAACGAGAUGUGUGUUGCACUGUAGCCUUCGAGGAUGCAUAAUAUCAUAGCAACCACUCUGUCCAUUUGAUCACUCAAGCUAUGGGCUGUCAUUGAAGAAGAUUCAAUCAAUAAUGAUGGAAUAAUAACUGCCUUACAAAGUACAAUAUUCGAAGAACUUACUUACUUCCUACGGUCACCACUGAUUCUUUCUCAACUUCAUUCCAUCCGCUCUCAGCUCAUCAAUUUUAUGUUUCUUUCCAUGCAUAUUAUAAUUCACAUAAGUGAGCAAUGUCUUCUGUCGGAUCUAUCACUCCCCAUUUUGGCAGUUAUUUUCUGGAAUAUUCGUGAAUGAAACAAGUAAUAGGAAUUAUUAUUCUCAUUUAUAUACUUGUUGGAAUCAGGUAUGACUUCAUUAUUGUUUUACAAUGCUUAAGGAGAUGUAUUAGUUUAGGAGAGAAGACAAAAUUUUGGUAUUAUAAAUAGGAAUUACCUUGAUAACUGACAUCAGACCAGUUCUGAAUUGAAAAUCACCUUUGUAGAUUGUUCCUUCUCCAGGAGGAUGUCAAUGAGUAUGCGUAUUCAUAUGAAUAUAAUAAGAACUAUAGCUGGUUUAUGUGUUUGGCUUGAAAGCUCUUACUUAGAGAGCGCAUGGUCAACACAUGCAACACGAGUGAAGGUAUGUAACAAAUCAACAUUCUUGGUUAAAAUACAAGGAACUCAAUACAUUCCAAGAUUUACUUCCUGUAAUGGUUAAGAGGGUAGAUAAAACAGCGAAGUGGAUGGGUUUAUCUGUUCCUUCUAAUUGCAUCAAUCACUCAAAAUUAUUUAUGCGCCUUUGAAGAUAUUUAAAUGGGGCAAGGAAUCAUUAUAUAUGCCAUAGCACUGUUCAAGAACUUGUCUGAGUCAACACGGACUCGGUCAUGUGGCUCAGUCUCAAUGACCUGCUGCGCUGAAACAGGGUACUUAACUGUACCCUAUUUGGGCAAGUAUUAUACAGACUCGUCCAAGUACUUUAAAAUUCAGGCAUGACUCACCCGAGUUUUACAAUAGUUCGGCAAGUCACUAAACUCUAAAGUAGUUGCGUAAGUACUGUACACUCUUUAAGUUUAAAUGUGGGGAACAAAGAUCCACCCCUUCUUCCUUGGUUUCUUUGAUUUUUGAGGUUUCCCAUUAUGAACCUCACAAGGAACUUGAUUUAGCCUACAAAAUGAAAACUGUAAUAAUAAGAUAAAAUAUUCAUACCAAAUUCAAAAACAAAAGCUGUUUCUUACCUGUUAAAAGCAAAAAUAAAAAUGCAUGAAAAGGGCGCUCAUCAAGCAAAACACUUGGUAAAAAAGCACUGAAGAUCAACAUCAAAGAAAAGAACAAACUUGCAAAUGUGAGAAAUUUUAAGCUGUAAUUUUCGAAAGGCAUCUAUCUGGUCUGAGAAUAGCAUCGACAUGUUGAUUGUUUGCAAUUCCUCUAGAGACAUGUCCAAGUAUAUUAGGAACCCUACUGCGCUCCCUCAUCAAAGCAGCCCUCAAAAGGUGUUUCCAAUUCUUGUCGACCAUUGACAUCCUAAAUGGGAUCUCUAUCUCAUAGUUUGUUGGGGGCAAAUGGUGUCAUGGGAGUUCACUGCUCGCUUUUGAACCUUAGACAUUAUUCUGAUUAAGGUAUGAUUAUACAAGAUUCUUUUCUUCUUACUCAUCUUUUAUUUUGGCACACUUAUUCCUACAUGCUUUUGAAUUUGAACCAUUGAUAAUCUGUAUUUUUGGAUUUUUCAUUUAUUCCCUUCUGUUUUUUUUCAAGUCUGAUAAUCACACUCAAAGGAAUGACAUCUCGGAGGUUGAUAUGGACAAAGAACUGAAUGUUGGAUCAGUGGAUGCUUUUUGAAGAAGUUGAAUUGUGUCCAGUCUUGGUUGGGUUGCCUUGAAAAGAGUGGUCAUAUGAGUUGUCCUUAACUGAACUAUGGGGGAUGUGAAAAUGGGGUUGUUCUUGCUAUGGAACACCACUAUACUAGAGGUGUCAUAUUUCAAGAUUACAAACCAAGGAACCAAGAUAUAAAAUCAAGGAAAAUAAUUGACUGUUGGGUUCUCAUACUGAAGCUUCUUCUCAUACAAGGAUCAUGGCUUGUAAGUUUGUUAAAGCUUUGAAACUUUGGAGUAACUACAUUGUAUGAGUCUACUGAAAUAGGAUUUAAAAGCAAGGAUGAUGCAGCAGUUGGAUUCUCUUCCUAAAUCUUCUCAUACCACGACCCUUUUGCGGUGGUCUUGUCAUUCGAAUUAUUGGGCAGUUGAAUUCUGCCCCCUUGGGAAAAUGGUGAUGGCACUAUGCUGCUCAAGAAAACCAUCUGUGGCAAGCACUUGGCAGGCAUUAAGUAUCACCUCGAAUGCAAUGUCCUCGGGGGCAUAGCACUCUAUAGGGGCCAGCAUUAACCAGUUCAUGAAAAACAUUUGCUUUAGCACCAGAUAUGGUGAGCGUAUUAGUUUUGGGAAAUGAUCUCUCGAUUGGGGAUUUCCCCCUCCAAAGUCUAUUCCAAUCACUUUUCAUUUUGGCCAACCAACGUAGAUGCAAUGGUGGCUCAAUCCCUCAAGACAUUGGAGAUAUCAGGAGCAUGGUUCCCAAAUUUUUGGAAGGCGCUGCAGGAACACGAGCACGUGGAGUUUGCUGCCCUUUCAGCCUUUCUUCAGAUUCCCUACCUACCUACAAGGGUACAUCACAAAAUCAUUUGUAUUCCCUCCCAAGGAAAGUUCAUGAUGUCAUCCUUCUAUGGCACAUUUAGACACCCUCCCCUCACCAUGCUGAAACCUGUUCCCCUAACAGACUUUCAGUUCGAUCGCCAUUCCAAAAGAGCACUCAUGGUGGACCAAAUACAAUGGAGAGGGAUCCCCUUCUCUAAUCAAUGUAUCAUGUGCGUAAUAGCUUAGGAAUAAACUAGCAUCUCUUCCUCCAUUGCUAGUGGCUGUGGCUCUAUGGGCCGAUCUGCUACAAAUAUUUCAGUCGUCUUGGGUACGAGCGAUAUCUAUCCCACAACCGUUUCAAGCCCUACUGUCUCCACCAUGCUCGACCGUUGGUUGUUUCCUUUGGAGAGCUUCUUUAACAGCAACUAUUUGUGUGCUAUGGACCAAAAGAAAUGCUGGAAUCUUUGAAUGAAAGGAGGGCAAUAUCAAGGUGCUUAAAGAUCGUAUGAACUCAAGGGUGUAAGCUUUUGAGCAAAAAAUACUAAAGCAUUCAAAUUCCACACCAACAGACUUCUUCAACACUUGGCAAGCAAUGAUAAAAGCAAGGUGAAUUCCAGUUUCCACUGGAAAAUGAGAAAUAAGACUAAAGUUUGAUGGCCGGUCAUGUGGUAACCCUGGCCCUUGGGGAUUAUUCAUAGACCAAAUUGGUGGUAUUCUCAAUUCCUACUCUGGUUUCAUCAGGCAUAUUGAUUCGAUUAUGGCGCAAACUGGGGCCCUACAAGAGGGUAUCAUCUCUUUAGUGAUAGAGGUGACUCUGGGCUUCUGAUGCUUCACCAUGCCCUUGGCACCUCGAACACAUUUUUUACGAGAUACUUGAUCUAUGUAGGCACUUUAAAUUCUCCUUUCAGCAUGUAUGGCUGAAGGCCAACGCCACUGCUGAUUCACUCGCUAAAGAAGGAGCUUCUGGGUAAAUGUUCAUGGAACUCUUUUGGCAAUUUUUUUUAGCUCAACUCGACUUAAGAUUUUGGUUUCUUUUAGUGAUUUUCAGGAGUUCACCAACCCUACUCUCAAUGCAGAGUGCAUCCCAUUUUGUGAUCUAUAGAGCAACCUACGCUCAAUGCAGAGUGCGUCCCAUUUUGUGAUCUAUAGAGCACCUGACUUAUGGGAUGUCAUGUUUUGAAUACUGUAGUUACCUCUUUAUCUACAUACAACAAUUAACGUUUACUCAAAAAGUAGGUUUAAAGAACCUCUUAUUCUUAUGCCUUUCUUUUUAAUCUAAACCCUUCUUCAUUUAUUUAUCAUUCUUUUUUUCCUUAAUUCAAUAGUGCAGGUGCUUAUGCAAAUCAAAAGUGAUUCGAGUAGUUCUCAUGUGCUUCCUCUUCUACUGAUGCUGAAAUGGAGGAGGGCUUGCCGCAGCCUACUAGCUGGCGUAGAGUAACUCUUCUUUGUCCGAUUGUUGCUAGUCUAGCAGUAGCAUUUAGAAGAGGCCAACUGUAAAUUUGUGGGACCCAGUGAAAACAUUUCAUUAGUUUUGCAGAUCUUCUACUCGACCAUGAAGCUCAAAAGAAAAUGUCAGUCUCGAUUGGCCCUCAACUCUGAAGAAAUCCAAGCUCUCGAGGAUCACCAUGAUGGAUUGUCAAAUAAAUUAAGAAAAAUGACUGCUUGGUGUAUACUUUGGGCCUAUUUCAAAUGAGAGAAGUUGUGGGCUAGAGAGAGUUGCAAUAUUAUGUUACUGCAAACUAAUCCAGAUACUGAUUGCAAAUGGCUCCAGAACAUCCAAGGUGGGUUAACCAACACGCACGACGACUGAGAGCUUGAACCAUUAAGACAAUCAGCUUGGUUUGCAUUCAAGAAUUGCAAACACCUUCCUUUGAAUCUGCGUAAUCAUUAGAUUCAAUACGAACUCCUUUCUCAGAAUUGAUUGAUGUGUGAUUAAUUCACAGUCGUGUACGCCAUGGAAGAAUUAUGAGCACCUUUUUUUGACAAUUCAUUGGGAAAAAAUGGGCAUACUGCUUAAAUGCUAUUAGGUUCUCAGACACAUGGACUGUAACUGAUAAUUUUGGUACAUGGUGUGUGCGAGAUCUAGUCCAUUGACAUC